AGUCUGUGCUUGCUUGUCGUUUUCGCCACGAUGGAGUAAUCCAUUCCAUCCCAGUUUUGGGUAGUGCUCCAUUUUUUGGAUAACGCUUUUUCCCAGGUGCGAGGGGCAGGAUGAAGCCGACGGAAUCGAAGGAGGACCUUCUGGGGUCGAAGGAAAACCUAAAAAAUCCCCGAGAGUCCUUGCAGUCCACCGGCGGCGAGGUUGCCCUCUCCCAAAUCGAGAAAAGGUUCCUCUUGCUCAGCGAAAGGGGAGAUAUCGCCUCUGUCAAAAGGAUAAUCGCCGAGCACAAAGAUCACCCAGAGCUAUUGAACAUCAAUUGCGUUGAUCCUCUGAAUAGGUCAGCACUCAUCGCAGCGAUCGAAAAUGAAAAUAUAGAGUUAAUAAGAGUCCUCCUCGAACUUGGGAUUGAAGUCAAGGAUGCUCUUCUACAUGCAAUUAAGGAAGAGUACGUUGAAGCUGUGGAGAUUCUACUUGAAUGGGAAGAAAAAAUCCACAAACCUGGGCAGCCUUAUAGUUGGGAAGCCGUCGACAGGAGCUCUUCGACAUUUACACCGGACAUAACACCGCUCAUAUUGGCUGCUCAUAUGAACAAUUACGAAAUCCUGAAAAUUUUGUUGGAUCGAGGGGCCACACUCCCCGUGCCACACGAUGUUAGGUGUGGCUGCGACGAAUGUGUAACUUCAAGUGAGCAGGAUUCUUUGCGACAUUCACAAGCUCGGAUCAACGCGUACAGAGCUUUAACCGCACCAUCCCUCAUAGCCCUCUCUUCCAGGGAUCCCCUCCUUACCGCCUUCGAGUUAUCAUGGGAGCUGCGCAGACUCAGCAAGAUGGAAGCGGAAUUCCGCUCUGAAUAUAAUGAAAUGAGAGGUAUUUGUCAGACAUUUGCAACCUCCUUGCUAGACCACGCGCGAACCUCGUAUGAACUGGAGGUGAUGCUUAAUCAUAAUCCUGAUGGAGAGUCGUGGGAACCAGGAGAGAGGCAAACUCUGGAGAGACUGAAGCUAGCUAUCAAAUACAAACAAAAAGCGUUUGUUGCUCAUCCAAAUGUACAACAGCUGCUGGCAGCUAUUUGGUAUGAUGGUCUCCCCGGAUUUCGACGAAAAGGGAUGAUUGGUCAAGCUUUUGAGUGUGGAAAGUUAGGUGCAAUGUUUCCUGUCUACGCAACCGUGUAUUUGACAGCGCCUGAAUCGGAGAUGGGCCAGUUCAUGAAAAAACCCUUUGUAAAGUUCAUCUGUAAUUCAACCUCCUACGCUUUCUUCCUGAUGUUAUUGGCCUUGGCAUCACAAAGAGCGGAAUUUCUUGCAAUCGAAUGGUUUGGACCCGACUGGAUGAAAGAGAUACUGAAAGAGUGGAUUCGAAAGGAAAGAGGAUCAAUACCUGGUCUCAUAGAAUCCUUUAUUAUUUUGUAUAUCAUAAGUUUGAUUUGGGGUGAAAUGAGAGCAUUGUGGUCUGGUGGCUUAGAGGACUAUGUUUCAGAUUUGUGGAAUAUAGUGGAUUUCAUCACCAAUGUAUUCUAUAUGAUAUGGAUUUGUCUCAGAGGAACUGCGUAUAUCAUUGUGCAAAGAGAGCAUAAAAGUGGCCUCGAUCCAUGGUAUCCUCGUGAUAAGUGGGACAUGUUUGAUCCUCAUCUUCUAUCAGAAGGUGCGUUUGCAGCCAGUAUGAUCUUCAGUUUCUUAAAAUUGGUUCAUAUCUUCAGUAUCAAUCCUCAUCUUGGUCCAUUGCAAAUUUCGUUGGGACGAAUGAUUGUCGACAUCAUCAAAUUUUUCUUCAUCUACACAUUGGUCCUUUUCGCUUAUGGUUGUGGUAUGAAUCAGUUACUUUGGUACUAUGCUGAUCUUGAGAGGAAAAAGUGUUAUCAUCUCAACGAGGAUUAUGCUGAUUUUGAUGGUCAAGAUAAAGCCUGUACAACAUGGAGACGUUUUGCAAAUUUAUUUGAAACAUCUCAGUCUCUGUUCUGGGCCAGUUUCGGUUUAGUUGAUCUUGUAUCGUUUGAUCUGACUGGUAUUAAGAGUUUCACCCGGUUUUGGGCUCUUCUGCUUUUCGGAUCAUACUCUGUUAUCAAUAUCAUUGUCCUGCUCAACAUGUUGAUUGCCAUGAUGUCCAACAGUUACCAAAUCAUCUCUGAACGAUCCGAUACUGAAUGGAAAUUUGCUCGAAGUGACCUAUGGAUCAGCUACUUUGAGGAUGGCGACACUGUUCCCCCACCAUUCAACCUAUCACCAUCCGUUAAAUCUAUGAAAAGAAUGAUGGGAAUCAAAACUGGGAAAAUCAGCACUGGUUCGAUGAAGAACAAAAGUCGAGCUAAAGCUAUGGAGCGUCACGAAGCAGUCAUGAAACUAUUGGUCAGGCGAUAUGUUGUGGCUGAGCAAAGGAAGAGAGAUGAGUUCGGCAUCACAGAAGAUGAUGUUAUGGAAAUUCGACAAGAUAUUUCAACCCUUCGUUUUGAACUGAUCGAUAUCCUCCGAACGAACGGAAUGAAGACACCGAGCGUGGACAAAGAGGAUCAAGCAGUGGGCAAGAAAGGUCGUGUGAUGGAGCGUCGUUUGCUGAAGGACUUCCAGAUCGGCCUGGUUGAGGGUAUAAUUAGUGAUGUUAUAUCUUCUGAGAAAGAGCCGAAAGAUGUCUUCAGCAAAAUUGCUCGCGCAAUUGGUAAGGACUCUAGUGCUAAGAAAAAGGACUGGAACGCUAUUGCCGCCAAGAAAGCAUCCAGCCGCGAACUUAUUGGAAGCACCAGCGAGGCUGUGGAGCGUCGGCAAUCACGCCAGAGUUUGCGCCGGCACAUCCUCGAACAUCAAGGAUCAGCAAUGGCAAAUAUGGAUCCCGAGAAGCUGGUUGAGUACAAUCCCAAGUUGCAAGAAUAUGCACCUGCUGCUCGAAUCGCCUAUGCCAAAUUCAAGAUUUCCAAGAUCAAGCAAGAAUAUGACGAUAAAGGAAAUGAAGAAGAAGGCAAAGACGAUGUUUUCGAGCCUGCUACAGUAACAACGAAGGACGAAACAAAACCAUCCCAAAGUGGCUCCAUCGCACGGCCGAGACCCAAAAGCACCAAGAAACCACCCGCACCUGGAGCCAUUCCAGGUCCCGACGAUGGCAAGAAAGACUUCCGGUCGCGAACUCCGAUCCAAGAAGAUCCAAGAGAGGCCGGACGCACUCCAACGCCAGAACCAAUCAAAAUGCUCAAGACAUCGAUUUCCUCUCUCAAGCAAGUAUCGGUCGAUCAAAAAGCUGGGCCAUCGGACAAAAAACCCGCCGCCCCGGGGGCUCCGGCUCCAAAAGUAGAGGUCACCGCAGCUAAAUCACCUGCAAAAACAGAGGCAGCCCCGGCAAAACCUGAAGAAAAGAAGCCCACACCUGCUAAACCAGAGGAAAAGAAGCCUGCCGCUGCUGCUGCUAUGCCUAAAGCUGACGAAAAGAAGGAUGAAAAGAAAGAAGAAAAGAAGGACGAGAAGAAAGAUGAGAAGAAAGAGGAAAAGAAAGAUGAUAAAAAGCCGGGCCCUGCUCCGAAAAAACCAGAUGAUAAGGAUAAACCUCCCUCGCCGAAGAAAACGAUGAUCCACACAAAACCUGGUGGUAAAUCAACAGUCACCGGCGAAGUACUGACUGGAUGGCUGUAAGAAAGAACAACGUGUGUGGCUGUAAAAACUGAUUAGUUUAAUUUUUCACUUCAAUGGCUUUUUUUAAAAUAGCAAAUUUUCUGUCUUAAAAUUCCUUUUCAAUUGGCAGAAAUGGAGCUCUUGCAUGCGUGAGGGAUUUGCGAUUUAAGUACUUGUUCUUACAUAAAUUUUUGCAAGAAACAAGUUGCGGUGCCCCUGGUUUUCUCUGAAAUCAACUGCAAAACUCAAAAAAUGCUCUCCAAGUUAAGGUCGUGAUGGAGGGAUAUCCCAUUCUACACUGAGAGUCCUCCUCUACAUCAAGACAAACUCUCCAUGCGAAGAUAGGGAACAAACAAGUAAAAAUAAUGUCAAAGCAAAAAUUGAUCAACGCUGCAGUCAGCAUUGUUCUGGAAAGAAGAAAGAUAUAAAUGUUCUUUCUUUACCUUAACUAUCACUAAUUUUUGUGUAUCAAUUAGAAGAGAUUACAGUUUUUUUAAAUUGAUCCUAAACUCUUCAUAUCUCUCAGAGAGUAGUUAGUUUUUCUUUUUUGUCCCUUGUACUAUGUAGGCGCUAAUUUUCUCCCUAUUUCCCGCUUAAAAAAAAUGAAAAGUUAUACAGACUUUUAGCUUAAAAUCUAGGUAAAGUAAUUAUUUAGCAACUAUUUUCUUCUUUUAUACUACUCUUUUCUUCUGCUCAACUAUAGAUCCAUUUAGAAAGAGCAAAAGAGAGAAAUAAAUGAGCUAGAUUCAGCUGAAUUGAAAAAUGUACACGUCUAAGCCUGAAAAAUCUUGCAUUACCAUCAUGGAAAUCAACUUAUUUAUAUCGAAAA